GGGGUGGGGGAGCGAGAUUCCGAAGGGAGACACCCCUUUCCUCGCCCAGGGACGCCCUUUGUACGGAUCCUCACGACUGGAUCGCCCGUCCGUGGUCCUGCCCGGGGCAAAAGUUGCUUUUCCUUUGUUUAAUUCAGCCCUCUCCCCCUGCCCCGUGUCCCAGCGCCUUUCCCGGCGGGGCCGUCUCCCCUCCUGCUGGACAUCGCCUGCUUUUGCAAACGAGAGCUCAGCCCGGAAGGAUUGCACGGAGCUCGCAGAUAAUGGCUAAUCUAAGAACAUCAUCCAAAGAAGUCCAUGAGGACUAGCACAUCAAGUACAUUGACUACAAAAGUGCAUCUCCUAUCGUAGUGGAAGAAUGAAGGUGUUACUGAAAAACCCGAGCCGAAAGCAAAAGAAAAGAUUUACUUGAACGAAGUUGAGCAAACUUUGUUUCAUUUCUCAAGAAAAAAGGAAGAAAAGAGAAAAUUAAGAAAUGCAUUACAGUGACACAUGUAACAAGAGUUUUGGCAUUGGGAGAUAAUCUGCAGAUCUAUCAAAAUAGUUUGCAGGGGGGAAAAAUUGUUCCAUUGUGCAGUGCCUAUGACAGGAUCUCUGAUAAAAAAAAUUGUCUAUCUUAAAAAGUGAGCUACUAAGUCUUCCUUUAUUCUAAGUUCGAGGUCAGAUUCAAAAUUCAUAAAAGGUCAGACUCUGCAUUCUUCAAACACGAUGAAAAGGAUAUUGAGGCAAUGUUAAUCAGACUUGCUCAGGGGGGAAAAAUCUGGAUUUGAUCUCAUCAUUACACUUUUCUUCCCAGGAAAUUGUUCACAUACAUGGCUGUGGCAAGAAAAGAGUACCACCAAGUGAUGGAACCAACAGGUUAAUUCGGUCCCAACCAACACAGAGCAAAUCGGAGUUUUCCUUAGGCAAUGCCCAAAACUUAGGCGCAAAUGGCAUCGCAGGAGAGAGAUGUUUGGGAAACUGCAGGCAAUCCAAAGAUGGUUAAAAAUUCCUGGGCAAUUCAGAAUAAAAAGGAAAUAGAGACGAGUCCGGAAUGGAAUCUUUCUAUGGAAGACGGUCUGGCUCUGCAUUUGGGGUCUCUUGGAAACAAAUCCUUGGACGCAGCCGAGCAAAAAAACUCACCAAAGAGAUAUUCCAAUUUUCCUCUCGAAUUUCAGUCGGAGGACGAAACAGAGGAUAUUGCAAUACAUGCCAGCUGCCUAGCGGGCGCAUCCCAGAUCAGCAUCAAAGAGGAAAACUUAGAACACCCCGAAUAUGAAUGGGCGCUGUGCCAAAACUCUGUCCCGUUUCUGGCUGAAAGGAUCAAAAAGGAAGCCAAUGCAAACCCCCCACUGAAUUCAGAGUUUGGGGAAAAUGUGGACGCAGCCUCGAUUUUCCUCAAAAGGUGCCCUACUUCCGUGUUUAUAAAGCAGGAUGGGAGCUUUGCCAAAUCCCAGGAAAAUAUCCCCGUAAUGCUGGAAGAGCCGAAAGCAGAGAAGACAUUCCCCUGCCCUGUUUGCAGCAAAGAAUUCAAUCAAAAGUCUAAUCUUACUCGGCACCACAAAAUCCACACUACCGAAGGGUCGUAUAAGUGCAGCAAGUGUGGAGAAAGCUUUCGCAUGAAUCGGCAACUCCUUCGGCACCAGCGGAUGCAUCUGAGCGACCCGUUCAAAUGCACCGAGUGCGGAAAGAACUUCAGCCGCAGGUCCAAUUUGAUCAGGCACCAAAGGAUCCAUACGCGGGAAGCGCCGUACCAGUGUCCCGAGUGCGAGAAAACCUUCAACCAGAAAACCAAUCUUUUCAGACACCGGAUGAUCCAUAUCCAGAUGGGACCUUGCAAUUGUACCAAGUGCGGGAAACUUUUCACGCAGAGAAAGAAUCUAGUCAAGCAUCAGAAGCUGCACCUGAGCGAGGGGGACCAGAAAUGCUUCAUUUGCGGGAAGCAGUUUCGGCUGAAGAAAUACCUCCGGCGACAUCAGAAAAUCCACAGUCGUGAGAUGCCAAAUAUUCAUAAAACUCAGAUGGAGUGACCAGGUUUGGCGAGAAGAACUGGAAUUACAGACUGGUGGUCCCAAAGGUGCUUUUUCACAAGGCAGCUGAACUUUCUUGUUUUUCUUCGAAGACAUUUCGCUCCUCAUCCAAGAAGCUUCUUCAGCUCUGGCUGGAUGGUGGUGGGGAAUGGAAGGAU